AUGCCGCUUUGUCUCACCUUCAUAGGCUUGAAAAAGGCCUUCGACUCAGUUGAAACGGAGGCGGUCGUGGAAGCCUUGGACAACCAAGGCGUCCCUACUCAGUAUAUAAAGGUACUUCGAGAGUUGUACAGUAACUUCACGACCGGAAUUUCGCCAUUCUACAAGAACAUCGUCAUUGACGUGAAGAGGGGGGUCCGACAGGGUGAUACAAUUUCACCCAAAAUAUUCACAGCCACCCUCGAGAACGCAAUGCGAAAGUUGGAAUGGGACGACAUGGGAGUGAAGGUUGAUGGUCGUCAGCUACACCAUUUGCGCUCUGAUGACAUCGUACUGGUAACACCUAUCAUCAGCCAAGCGGAACGAAUGCUGACCCAAUUCGACGUAACAUGUGGAUGCAUCGGUCUUAAGCUGAAUCUACAAAAGACGAUGUUCAUGCGGGACCGUCUCGGAUGCCCCAUUCACGCUCAACGGAACGAACAUAUCCGAAUGCACCAGCUACGUUUACCUGGGUCGGGAACUGAACAUGAUGAACGACCUGACCCCCGAGCUGACCAGGAGGAGACGAGCGGCUUGGGAAGCGUACAAGAGCGUUGA